GCACAUAGGUCAUUAUUUGUUCUUCCCUUCCGUCUGUCUGUUAAAUCUAAUUUCUUUUAUCUCGAUUCCGAUCUUAUUACAUUCCAUCGUCAAAAAUAUAAAAAGUUAUAUAAAAAAAAUAUGGUGAGGGGGCUGAUAACCAAGCUCGCAAAUAAAUCUAUCUCCGUCGCCGGAAAAUGGCAACAGCAGCAGCUCCGCCGUCUCAACAUCCAUGAGUAUCAGGGAGCUGAGUUGAUGAGUAAAUAUGGUAUUAACGUACCAAAAGGUGUUGCUGUUUCUUCUAUUGAGGAACUUAGAAAGGCCAUUCAAACAACAUUUCCCAAUGAAAAGGAGUUGGUGGUCAAGAGCCAAAUUCUUGCUGGUGGACGGGGCCUAGGGAAGUUCACAAGUGGUCUUCAGGGUGGAGUUCACAUUGUCAACAUUGAUCAGGUUGAAGAUAUAGCUGGGAAGAUGCUUGGGCAGACUCUUGUCACUAAACAAACGGGCCCCCAAGGCAAAGUUGUCAGCAAGGUUUACUUGUGUGAAAAGGUGACACUAAAGAAUGAGAUGUACUUCGCGAUCACUCUUGAUCGUACCACUGCUGGUCCUCUUAUCAUUGCCUGCGGUCAGGGAGGAACCAGCAUCGAAGAUCUUGCAGAAAAAUACCCUGACAUGAUCAUAAAAGUACCCAUUGAUGUUUUUAAAGGAAUUACAGAUGAAGAUGCUGCCAAAGUUGUAGAUGGUCUUGCUAUCAAGACAGCUGACAGAACUGCUUCAAUAGAACAGGUGAAGAAGUUGUAUAACCUUUUCUGCGAAUCUGAUUGCACCCAGUUGGAGAUCAACCCUAUUGCCGAGACUGAAGAUAAGAAGCUGGUGGCCGCUGAUGCUAAGUUAAACUUUGAUGAUAAUGCUGCUUUUCGUCAAAAAGAGAUAUUUGCUCUUCGUGACCCGACACAAGAAGAUCCCCGAGAGGUCGCGGCUGCAAAAGCAGAUUUGAAUUAUAUUGGUUUGGAUGGGGAAAUUGGAUGUAUGGUUAAUGGUGCUGGGUUAGCAAUGGCCACCAUGGACAUCAUAAAGUUACAUGGAGGAACACCCGCCAAUUUUCUGGAUGUAGGUGGAAAUGCUUCCGAAGGACAGGUUGUUGAAGCUUUCAAGAUCUUGACAUCAGAUGACAAAGUGAAAGCAAUAUUGGUGAAUAUUUUUGGAGGAAUUAUGAAGUGCGAUGUGAUAGCCAGUGGGAUUGUUAACGCUGCUAAGCAUGUUUCACUGAAGGUGCCAGUCGUAGUUCGUCUUGAAGGCACAAACGUUGAUGAAGGGAAAAGGAUUCUUAAGGAAAGUGGAAUGACAUUGAUUACAGCAGAGGAUCUGGAUGAUGCAGCCGAGAAAGCUGUUAAAGCACUGAAAUCAGGAUAAAGAAUAUCAAUUGUAUUUUGAAUUUGAUUUUUUGUCGUGAGCUAAAGAUUACAUCGGUCUGUAGUACUCCCAAAAUGAGGGGAGACGGGUUUCUUUUGUCACUUUUCUGAUAAAUAAAUACAGCAGAAAUAGUGGUUGGACAUACUUUGAUCUGUAUUGGAUUUUGCUCAUGCUAAGCUCAGUAUGUUUUUGCUAAAAA